UUCUCUGAAUUUGUCAAAAUAAUAUGUUGUUCUGAAAAAAAAAAGAAAAAGAAUUAUUUUUUAGUUGUAGCUGCGUGUUGCUGCAUAAUUUUUGUCUUCUUCCCUUUUCUAAUCCUAACCCUUAAUCACUAUUUGAAGGGUCUUUAAACUUUAAUCUUAUUAAUAUUCUUGGCUUCUUGUUCUUUGAUAUUUCCAGUGAUUUUUUAGCUGACCCUCAUGUUUAUUCCUUGCAUUUCUUGAAUUUCUCUGCCGGGUUGUUGAUAUUUUGAAGUGGUGGUGAGGAUUGUGUAUAGUUGUGUUUUCAUUGCCUUCUCUGCUUGUAAAUAUUCCUUCUCAGUUUUGUCAAAAAGUUUGCGGAGUUCUUUUACAAUUGGGCAUUAUUUUCUCUGCUAGUUAGCUUUCUUUUGAUUCCUCUAUAGUUCUAGCUGGCCAUUUACGUUUGUCUCCUGUCAAAAUCUCAGCUUUGAGCUAAUCUGGGUUUCACAGCUUCUGGAUUUUUAUUUUGUAAUCUGGGUUUCGAUUCUUAAAAUUUACCCAUUCUUCUCUCUUUGUUCUUCUGGUCAUGGUGAAUAAUUGGGGCUCUGUGGUGUUCAUCUGGGUUUCAUCCAUAAUGUGUUUGAUCUGUGUUUCCUUAGGAUAUAAUCCUGUAGACGACUACUUGAUAGAUUGUGGAUCCUCCACCAAUAAAUCAGUGGGGGACCGUGUAUUUGUAGCCGAUCAAUUUUAUUUCAAUCUGCUUUCAACCCCACACAUCACUUUUGCAAAUGCUAGUUCAAGUCCCAACUCAUCAGCCUAUGACCCUUCUCUUUUCCAAACUGCAAGAAUAUUCAAUGAGACUUCUUAUUACUCUUUUUCAGUAAAUAAACCUGGAAGACAUUGGAUUCGCCUUUAUUUCUUUCCAUUUAUGUUUAGAAACUACAAUCUCAGCACUGCCAAAUUCUCUGUUUCUGCUCAAAAUUUCACCCUUAUUAAUGAAUAUCAGCCAAAGGUUGAUCCUGAGGUCAAGGAAUACUCCUUCAAUGUAACUUCUGAUAAGCUAGUUCUUAGCUUCACUCCUUUUGCCAAUUCAUUUGCUUUUGUAAAUGCACUGGAAGUUUUUUCACUUCCUGAUGAGCUUAUUCCUCCGGGAGCCCCCACCAUUGGUUCCCAGGGCAAAUACCAAAAUCUGGGGAAACAUGCUUUAGAAACUGUUGAGAGAUUGAAUAUGGGCAAUCAAACUGUUUCUCCCUUAAAUGAUACCUUGUGGAGACUUUGGGAAGCUGAUGGUAAGUAUCUUAAACACAGCAAUGUACAAAAGUUUGUGUCAAACGUGAGAGCUGUCAAUUUCACAAAAGGAAAGCUAACAGAGAAUAUUGCUCCAUCCUCUGUCUAUGGAACUGCUACUAUAUUGAAUUCAGAUCCUGAUCCUCAGACCAAUGCCAAUGUGACCUGGCUUUUUGAUGUUGAUCCUGGUUUUGAGUAUCUUGUUCGGUUCCAUUUCUGUGACAUAUUGCCUAGACCUGCUGCAAAGUUCUUCUUCAAUGUAUAUAUUGGUUCAUCUGCAGUUGUUCAAUAUCUUGAUCUUCUUAAUCGUACAUCAGAUGUUGGUGUGCCCUAUUUUAUGGAUGUGAUCACAAGAGUGAGUGUUAGCCGGAUGCUAAAUGUCAGCAUUGGCCCUUCUAAUAAUCUUCUAUAUCCAAAUGCAAUUCUUAAUGGGUUGGAGAUCAUGAAAAUAAGCAAUUCUAUGGACUCCCUUGAUGUCUCAGACUCUGCAUCAUCAAAAAGUUCCAAGACAAAAAUCAUUCUAAUUGCAGGCUUGGCCGCUGUGUUUUUCAUCAUUAUUGUUCUUGCUGUAGUUAUAUUUCUGCUGUGCAGAAGGAGGAGACUAGCAGAUUUAAACCAUUGGAAUGAAGGAGAUACUAUUUACACUGCAGGCAGUAAGUUCUCCAAUGGGACAUUGAUGUUUUCCACUUCAAAGUUCGGGUAUCGCUUCCCCUUUGUGGCAAUUCAAGAGGCUACUGAUAACUUCAGUGAAAGUUUGGUUCUUGGGGUUGGUGGAUUUGGGAAGGUUUACAAGGGAGUCCUGAGAGAUGAGACAAAGGUGGCAGUGAAAAGGGGGACUUCUCAAUCACAAGGCAUUGCAGAAUUCCAAACUGAGAUUGAAAUGUUGUCUCAAUUCAGACAUAGACAUUUGGUCUCUUUGAUUGGAUACUGUGAUGAAAGAAAUGAGAUGAUCAUAAUCUAUGAGUUCAUGGAAAAUGGCACCCUCAAGGAUCAUCUGUAUGGCUCGGAUCAUCCCUGCUUAAGUUGGCGACAAAGACUUGAGAUAUGCAUCGGAGCAGCCAAAGGACUUCACUACCUUCAUACCGGCUCUACAAGGUCAAUCAUUCACCGCGAUGUCAAAUCUGCAAACAUACUACUAGAUGAGAAUUUCAUGGCCAAGGUCGCUGAUUUUGGCCUUUCAAAGACUGGUCCUGAGAUUGAUCAAUCACAUGUUAGUACAGCAGUAAAAGGAAGUUUUGGAUACCUCGAUCCUGAGUACUUGAUCAGACAACAACUGACAGAGAAAUCUGAUGUUUACUCCUUUGGAGUUGUCAUGUUUGAAGUUCUUUGUGGGAGACCUGUUAUUGAUCCAUCGCUGCCAAGAGAAAAGGUCAAUUUAGUUGAAUGGGCAUUGAAGAGUCAAAGGAGAGGACAACUGGAGGAAAUUGUAGAUCCUCUUCUUGAAGGUCAAAUAAAACCAGAUUCCUUGAACAAGUUCGGCGAAAUAGCUGAGAAAUGCUUAGCAGAACGCGGUGUUGAUAGACCUUCAAUGGGAGACGUUUUGUGGAAUUUGGAGUUUGCACUUCAACUCCAAGGAAAUGAAGGGAGAUCCAGCCAUAAUGGUAACAUCAUCGAAAAAUUUUGUCGUGCCAAUAGCUUCGAGACCGAUGUAUCUGCUGCACAAGUCAGCAUGGGGGAUCUUGCUGGUGUUUCAAUGAGCAAGGUUUUUGCCCAAAUGGUGAAAGAGGAAAUGAGGUAGACUGCAGAUUCUCAUACUAAAUUGCAGGAGUUUGCUCCAUUCAUAAUUGCUAAACAAAGUGAGCUUAGAAAGUGUAUACUGUGCAGAAGAUGUGAAUUCAAAUUCAUUGCUAGUGUGAGUGUGGCUGAUUUGAAUCUCCUGGAAAUUGCACACACAGAACAAAUCCAUUAGCUUGCCAACUUGUAUUUGUCAUUGGUUGUUGUUCAUUUCUGAUACGUGCUGCUUCUGUGAUAUUAAAUCACCUAUUCUUUAUUUGAGCAGGGACUCUCUCCCUUGAUGUAUAAUCAUCUUACAUAAAUUCGGUGCUUUUUUUCCCA